AUGUUGCAUGUUCCGGAAAAGCGGCAGCUACCUGAAGAUGUCGUCGUGGAUGGCAAUUUCACAUCGGCCGCCGAGGCGUUCUUUGAAGCGCUUGCGGAGGCUGGUAUCACCUACUGCUUUGUCAAUUUAGGGAGUGACCAUCCAGCCAUGUUGGAAGCUAUGAUCAAGGCAAAGAAAGAAAAACUGGCCAAGUUUCCCCAAAUCAUCACUUGUCCAUCUGAGCUGGUUGCUUUAUCUGCAGCUCUCGGCUUUGCCCAAGUCAUGGGCCAACCGCAAUGUGUUAUCGUCCAUGUAGACUGCGGUACAUUAGCCAUGGGACAGUCAAUUCACAAUGCGUCCAUUAGCAGAGUGCCUGUGCUAUGCUUCGCUGGUCUCAGCCCUUACACGCAAAGAGGAGAGCAUCUGGGCUCAAGGACCGAAUUCAUUCACUGGUUGCAAGAUGUGCCCGAUCAAUCUGCUAUCGUGCGACAGUACUGCAGAUACUCUGCCGAAAUUAAGAGCGGGCGCAAUAUCAAAGAAAUGGUGAACAGAGCUUUGCAAUUUGCCACAUCUGAUCCAAAGGGCCCAGCAUAUCUAAUGGCCGCAAGAGAAGUUAUUGAGGAGCAAGUGGAUAAGAAAUGGCUUGAGCCAGAGUAUUUGUGUCCAAUCACGCCUAGUGCACUAUCUCAGCCUGAUGUGGCCCUUAUUGCUGAUGCUCUCAUCCGCGCCGCUCGACCGCUCGUAAUUACCAGCUACCUGGGCCGCAAUCACAAAGCACCUGCUCUGCUGGAAGAGCUCUCUAUCAGAUUGCCCAUUCGCGUCGUUGAAAUGGUUGGAUCGGAUGUUUGCAUAAGCAGUGAUCUGCAUGCCUACCGUGGUGUCACUGUCACCACACAUCAAGAAAUCCCAGAGGCAGAUGUCAUCCUCAUCCUUGACUGUGAUGUGCCUUGGAUUCCAACUGCCGGACAACCUCGAAAGGAUGCAAAGAUCUUCCAUCUCGACGUCGACCCACUGAAGCAGCAAAUGCCUUUAUUCUCAAUCAAGGCAAUUCGCCGACUCAAAGUCAGCUGUGAGCUUGCAUUGACUCAACUGAAUGGAUACUUGGAGGACAAGGGCCAUUUGGCGGAAAAAGAUAUUUCAAAGAUUCCACGCGAGAGCUCACACCAUGACAAAUUCCAGGAUGUUCAUUCGGAAUAUACCCAAUGGAAAUCGGCGUUGGAGAAGCUAGAGACUCCUUCAGAUGAUAUCACCAAUGUGCCAUAUUUAGCUUCCCGAUUGCGAUCACAGCUCCCCACGGACACAACUUAUGUCCUCGAGGCCGUUACCAAUGCAGGGUCAUUGAUACAUCAUUUGCGCCUAACCAAGCCCGGCAGCCUAGUUGCAAGUGGAGCCGGUGGUCUAGGUUGGGGAGGAGGUGCAGCCCUCGGAGUUAAGCUGGCCAAACCAGACUCAUUCAUCUGUGCAAUUGUCGGUGAUGGAGUCUACCUAUUCUCCCAAAUGGAAAGUGUCUUUUGGAUUGCCAGACGUUACGACAUUCCUUUCCUUCUGAUCGUAUUGAACAAUGGAGGGUGGAACGCACCAAAAGUGUCUACUCUCCUUGUUCACAAAGACGGAUUAUCGUCAAAGUCAAACAGAAGGGAUCUCAACCUUUCUUUUGAACCCUCUCCCGAUUACCCAGGCAUUGCUACUGCCGCCGGCGGCGCCUGGGGAGCUACUGUCAAGACUCCAAGUGAGUUAGACCCGGCCAUUAAAGAGGCCAGAAGGGUUAUUGAGGUUGAAAAGAGGAGUGCAGUGAUUGAAGUUGCUGUCCCAUCUAUGUGGAAAGAGACCUAA